GAGGGGGGAAGCGGGUUCAGGUUUCGCGACAGGGACGAAAGGAAGGAAUGGGGGAAGUAAAUAAUUUAAAUGCCUCAAACAUCUCGCGAAGCAUUAUAACGGCAAUAGGAAACUAACGUGUCCAACCACCGCGCCCUUCUAACGGGUAGCCGGGACGGGAAACCCCGACGGAUGGAUAGACUGGGAACUUUCGCCUCGUCUGCGCUUCAGUUGCCGUCUUUUGUUUUUGAGCCGUCCAGCUGUUAGCUGACUGGCUAGCAGAGCUAACCGUCUCAGGGAGGGACAGGGCAGCCCGAUGUCAACCCACAGGAGCCCCCGGAGGACCGUUGUAGACGUUACAUUGUUACCAAGUUAUCCCGUGAAAUGGUAAAUACCUAGGUCCAGUUUUACGCAUCGCGCAUCCCAUUAACCACUGAUCGUUCUCGCCUUCUGCCCUUCUGUAUAACAAACAAAGGAGAACUGAACUUAGCUGAGGAGCAGUCAUGCCAAUGUGUGUGAUAUUAUUCGGGGCGGUUGGUUCAUUUACGAGACAGUGAGACAAGACAAAGCGUCACUUCUCACCAAGACAAAUAAGGGCUUUCUUUUGUUCGGGACGGACCGGGAGGUCCAGUGAGUUCUGUGUGUGAACUAGAUAAUGGGAUCAUCGGUGGAAUCCAAGUGUCAAUGUGUGUGAUAUUAUUCGGAGUGCUUGUUUCAGCUACACACGGACUGCGAGACAAGACGAGACAAUUCGGUUCACACACUUUCUGACCAGACGGAAAGGCUUUGGGUUCCGCGUGGGAACUACUGAACUGUAAAAAUGGCAUCGGUGAAAUCCAAGGCGCGAGAGAACAAUGAGGGAGGAGGUAGAACAAGCAGCCCGUACCGGGAAAGGGAACGGGACCGGGACCGUGAACGGGAGAGCUACCGGGAGAGUUCACGCUCUGGGGCAGGUAGCCCCUCGCCGUCUCUCGUGGCUGGAGCUGCGUCGCUGUCGCUGAACGGGAGCCGAGCUUACUCGCUCGAGGACUUUGAUACCGUGGCCACAGUUGGUACGGGUACGUUUGGUCGUGUGUUCCUGGUGCGUGAUAAGAAGUCUCGCAGCUUCUUCGCUCUGAAGGCCAUGAAGAUUCCGGACGUGAUCCGCUUGAAACAGGAGCAACACGUUCACAACGAGAAGGAGGUCCUCAGUGAGAUCCACCACCCCUUCCUCAUCAAGCUGUUCUGGACGCAUCAUGACGAGCGGUUCCUCUACAUGCUGAUGGACUAUGUUCCGGGCGGGGAACUCUUCAGUUACCUGCGUAGUCGGGGACGGUUCUCCAACGGAACCGGCAUGUUCUACACGGCCGAGAUCGUCUGUGCCAUCGAGUACCUGCACGCGCGGAACAUCGUGUACCGGGACCUGAAACCGGAGAACAUCCUUCUGGACCGAGACGGACACAUACGCCUCACCGACUUCGGAUUCGCAAAGAAACUCUCAGACAGAACGUGGACGCUGUGUGGUACUCCUGAGUAUUUGGCUCCAGAGGUCAUCCAGAGCAAAGGUCACGGCAGAGCGGUCGACUGGUGGGCACUGGGGGUACUGGUCUUCGAGAUGCUCGCAGGGUACCCUCCCUUCUUUGACGACAAUCCGUUCGGAAUCUACCAGAAGAUUCUGGCGGGAAAACUGGAGUUCCCUCGACACCUGGACUUCUACGUCAAAGAUCUCAUCAAGAAGUUCCUGGUGAUUGACAGAGCGCGGAGGCUGGGCAACAUGAAGAAUGGAGCUGAUGACGUGAAGAGACAUCGCUGGUUCAAAUCGGUCGACUGGGACGCUGUACCAAUGAGGAGACUCAAACCGCCCAUCACCCCUAAAGUGUCUCACGAGGGGGAUACCUCCAAUUUCGACGUCUACCCAGAAGAUGAGUGGAGGAAGGAACCGCCCGUACCCCCAAAAGACCUCGAGAUCUUCAAGAACUUCUGA